AUGCGCAACUCUGUCCUUCUCUUCGCUCUCGCCUUCGUUAUUUUUGCCUGCGGCAACGCGCUCACAGCAACCGAAGACGGUAUUCAGCUCAAGAUGCCGCAGUCAGAGCUGCAUCAAGCCGCUCAGUGGAACGUCGGUGGCAAGCGCUUACUUCGGGCUAACGACGGCACGAACGCAGACGAGGAAGAGAGAGGAAUGGCGGAGUUCACAACGAAGAUGAAGACGUGGGCACAGAGUUUCAAGACAUGGGUUACCAACUCGAAGCUGGUUCAAAUGGCGAACACGAAAUUCCAGUCGUUGUCUCAGAAAUGGAGGAUAUCAAAUGUCGAGCAAAUGAUUAGGAAGGGUGUGUCGGACACGGUGUUGUUUGAGAAAAAGGUCACUCCUGAUGAAUACUUCCUGGCGCUGAAGCUGGACCCGAAGCUGAAAUUGGUCUCGGAUUCGCCGGUCAUUAGAGAGCAGAACCCCGGUCUGCUUAAGUUUUUCGCUUACACUGACUAUUACAACACCAAGAUUGUUGCUGUGUAA